GGGGGGCGGAGGGAAGAGCGGACGGGCGGGAGCGCCGGCGCCAGACGCGGAGGAAAGGAGCUGCGACUAGCCGCCCAGAGGCCGCCGAGCCAGCGACGCCUGAGCUAGUCGAGCCACCGUCGCCGCGCCCCCAUGGCGGCCGCCAAGGACAGUCACGAGGACCAUGAUACUUCCACAGAGAAUGCAGAUGAGUCCAACCACGACCCCCAGUUCGAGCCAAUAGUUUCUCUUCCCGAGCAAGAAAUUAAAACGCUGGAGGAAGAUGAAGAGGAACUUUUUAAGAUGCGUGCAAAGCUGUUCCGGUUUGCUUCAGAGAAUGACCUCCCAGAAUGGAAGGAGCGAGGCACUGGAGAUGUCAAGCUUCUGAAGCACAAGGAGAAAGGGACCAUCCGCCUUCUUAUGAGGAGGGACAAAACCUUGAAGAUAUGCGCCAACCACUAUAUUACACCAAUGAUGGAGCUGAAGCCGAAUGCUGGCAGUGACCGAGCCUGGGUCUGGAAUACCCACGCCGACUUUGCUGACGAGUGCCCCAAGCCUGAGCUGCUCGCCAUCCGCUUCCUAAAUGCUGAGAAUGCACAAAAGUUCAAAACAAAGUUUGAAGAAUGCAGGAAAGAAAUUGAAGAGAGAGAAAAGAAAGGACCAGGCAAAAAUGAUAAUGCCGAAAAGGUGGCCGAGAAGCUGGAAGCCCUUUCAGUGAGGGAGGCCAGAGAGGAGGCUGAAGAGAAGUCUGAGGAGAAACAAUGAAUCACUCUGUCUUUUUCCUUUCCUUUUCUUUUUAAAAAUUUGCCCUACCCUUUAAGGUUUGUUUUUCUGUUUUGUUUUUACAAGGGACUUUAUAAAGAACUGAAUUCC